GAAAGCUCUAGCAUGACACCACCAUGCUGCAGAGCUUUUGCAUAUUUAUUGUUGACAAGAACACAAUUCUUUAGGGAAUGAUUUAAUCCGAAAUGCCUCCGAACCGAGUCGCCAAACGCGCUUCCGUCGCAUGUAAGGCGUGCAAUUCCCGCAAAGUCCGAUGCACUGUUACGCUAUCUGGCCCGCCCUGCGCCAACUGCUCAGUCGACGGCAUACCCUGUGUAGUACAGAGCCGCAAGAGACGGCGAAACUCCGAGUUAUUGCUUUCGGCCUCGCCCUGUGAUUCAAAAACUAGCGACGAUCACGUAGUUGCUGCGUCGGACCGAGCGCUACAACCAGGGCCGCCUGUGGCUGCAUCCUCUCACAAUGAUUCUCAGGUUGAGCACAUAUCCCCUCGUGCUGGAAACGAACCUGUCUGUACAGUUCCUUCGGGGGAUAACGCUAGCGACUUAUCUCCCCAAGAGGUUCAUCGCCCUCCUACCGUGACGGAGAAUGGGCCGACAACCUGUUUGUCGGAGCCAACACCACCUCACCUUCCAGCCAUUCCGUUCCCCAGGCGGCGGCUCUCUGACUUUUCAGAUAUGGCACAGGAGAGCUCAGCAUAUGCAGAGGCCUUGGAAGGGAGCGACAAUCAUGUCAAUGGCGUUCCUUUCUAUCCUGGUGAUAAGCGGGGCCCCGCGUUUGUGAUUGACAUCUGUGAGCCUAACAAACCUCUAAAGAACCGCCACUUUUUUGUCCCAAUGCCCUCAAUUGAGUCCAUGGAGACAGAAGAUGUCGACUAUCUCCGGUCCAAGGGUGUCUUUUCUCUGCCUCCGCAACACAUAAGAGAAGCCCUCAUACAUUCUUACUUCCAUCACAUUCAUCCAUUCGCGCCGGUUUUAGAUGCUACUGACUUCGUCCCCAAAUACGAAAAAGGUCGCGUGAGCCUCCUACUUCUGUGGAGCAUGUUCUUAGCGGCAGCGAGUUUUGUUGAUGAUUCUAUGCUAUCGGGUGACUUCUAUGUCAAUCGGUUGACAUUGAAGCGUGCGGCCUAUCAGAGGGCAAAGGCCCUGUAUGAUGCAGACUACGAGAAAGACAAGAUUACUCUCAUUCAGUCGGUAUUUUUGAUGAGUCACUGGUACACUAGCACUGAAGACCGCACCGGACCAUGGCACUGGAGCGGCAUCGCCAUCAGCCUAUCGCAUACCAUAGGGCUCCAUCGUCAACCUAUGCUCACAGGGCAAGCUUCUCGGGGCAUUCCCGUUUUCUGGCGCCGUCUCUGGUGGUCCAUAUAUUGCCGUGAAGUGUGGUUGUCCCUGGGCCACGGUCGGCCUAUGAGGGUUUCCUUGGACGAUUCCGAUGUUCCCCUACCAGGACAAGAGGACACUGCGCUUCUGUCAGCCGAAGCAAGGUUUGAAGGCAGCCAGAAAUAUUUACCUGGUGACCUGGACACGCUAUCAAAGGUGUGGCUUUCUCUCGUGGGCGUAACGAGAGUGCUUGGGACUAUCCUGUCGACCAACUACAAUGCAAAGGGAACUAAACCGUCAAAGGAAGAACUUGAACAAAGUGAAAAUGAAAUCCGAGAAUGCUAUUACCUCCCCCAAGAGGGCUUUAGUCAAAGUCGGGUUGUCGCUUCUCAUGUUUACCAGUUCAAGCUGUUUUUUCAAGCAACUAUCAUUGUGCUGUACCGGCCAUUCAUUUUCGAUACUCCACGCGAUUGUCCCGCAACUCAGCAUGGCACAUGGAGGAUCUUUGCGAGCCAAAAGACUCGGACUGCCGCCUCCGAAGCCAUUAGCGCAGUCAACUCGAUGAUGGCCGAGGACCUCAUUGGGCUUUGCCACACCAUCACAGUCCUCGCCCUCGUGCCACCAAUGCAAAUCCAUCUCUUGGAGUCAACCUCGCUGAAGCCUAUGACGUGCCAAAUGGGAAAACACAAUCUCGCACUUUGCAUGCUUGCGAUGGGCGAACUCCGCAAGUCGUACUUCUCUGCAGAGGCAGCUUUCAAGUUGUUCGAGAGGGCGAAAAAUAAAAUCGAGAGAACCAUGGUACGGGAGGAGCCACCGCGUACACCUGCGGAAGUGCGUCCUGCGGAGGCUGUGCCCGAUGAUGGAAAUUGGGUGAGUUAUACUGAAGGCUAUGCUAUUUCAACACCGGGAAUUAUUUCGGACCUAUGGGCGCCAUUUUCCACUCUGAUUCCAGAUGAUGAUUCCGAGAUUAUCCAUACGGAUGCUUGGCUUGACAUUCAGAACAUGCACCAUGGAUGGACAAUUGACCGGUUCGGGCUGUCUUGAAGAAUAGAAACAUGAGUUUUCAAAGGUUGUUUAGGUCUUGCCGCAAGAUCCGCCUGGAAUUAUAUUCGGAG